ACCUGCAUCGGCGGUUGGUCUCCCGCACACAUCUGCGAGCUCGCUCUCGGUUCACCUUCUGCUCGUCGAGCAGAGCGUCUCUCUCUUGCUGGAGGCUCGACAUCACUCAUGUCUGAGUGGGAACAACAAGCACGUUUGUGACACUGAGGGAAAGCGACUUUUUUUUUAGAUGGUGCGGCACAUGACAGCCAAACUCUCCAGCUUGGCCUCGCAGGGGGCCGCCCCCCUCUUCCACGCCCAUUCCGGCUCCAGCCUCUCCCUGACCGAGGAAGCUUUUUUAGAGGCUGUUGUGCGCGGCAACGUUCCCGAGGUGAGGCGCUUGCUGGACGAGCUGCCGGACCUCGACGUCAACAAAGUCAACUUCACGGGUCAGAACGCCUUGCAGCUGGCUGUGUCCAACGAGCAUUUGGAUAUCACCGAGUUGCUCCUGGAGAGGAAAGAGCUGAGCAGGAUGGGCGACGCAUUGCUCUUAGCCAUCCGAAAAGGUUACGCACGCAUCGUGGAGGCCAUCUUGAGCCACCGGGCCUUUGCGGACGUUCAGAGUUUAACGUGUAGCCCCGGUCAGGUGGGCAUACAUCGAGGCCUCUUUGCUUACGACGAGAAUGGCGGCCUUUUCUCUAACGACACCACGCCCGUAAUCCUGGCCUCUCAGCACCACGACUACGAGAUAGUCCACUUGCUCCUCGCCAGGGGGGCCCGUAUCCAGCGACCCCACGACUACCUCUGCCGGUGCGACGCCUGUACCCAGCAGCAGGCUGAGGACUCCUUCAGACACUCGCAGUCCCGUAUCGACGCCUACAAAGGUCUCGCCAGUCCGGCCUACUUGUCACUCUCCAAUGAAGACCCCGUGAUGGCGGCGCUGGAGCUGAGCCAUGAGCUUGCGGUCUUGGCCAGCACUGAGAUGGAGUUCAAGAACGACUACAAGAAACUGUCCAUGCAGUGCAACGACUUCAUGGUGGGCCUCCUUGACUUGUGUCAGAACACAGAGGAAGUGGAAGCCAUCUUGCAUGGCGACUCGCUCGAGAUUCUGCAAAACCUCGCCAGGUUAAAACUUGCCAUCAAGUAUGAAGUUAAGAAGUUUGUGGCCCAUCCCUACUGCCAGCAACGUCUGCUCUCCAACUGGUACCAGAACGUGUCCGGACUACGUCAGCAGACCACGGCAGUUAAGAUUCUCCUGGUCCUCGGGGUCGCGGUGGGCCUGCCCCUUCUGGCCCUCGUGUCCUGGAUUGCGCCAUCCAGCAAGCUAGGGAAGUUGAUGUCUGGACCUUUCCUGAAGUUUGUGGCGCACGCCGCCUCCUUUGUGACGUUCCUGUGCCUGCUGGUCCUCAACGCGGCCGACCGCUUCAACGGGCCGCCGCUGCUGCCCAACAUGACAGCCCACGAUCGGCCCUCACAGCUCUUCCGCAUGAAGACCACCCGCUUCACCUGGAUGGAGAUUCUUAUCAUGUCUUGGGUCCUAGGGAACAUUUGGGAAAAAUGCAAUGACAUUUGGUCACAGGACAUAAGAGAAUAUGUCUCAGAACCGUGGAACCUUCUGGACUUUAACAUUUUGGCCAUUUUCACCAGCUCGUUCAUUGCACGGCUGAUGGCGUUCUGGCACGUGUACGCCGCUCAGCGCUACGUGGACGAGCACCACGCCGAUCUGGCCGGCACCUCCCUGCCUUCAAACAUUCAAUACUUUCAGCUUCCCCGAGUCAGCUGGCUUUCGUCGGAUCCACAGCUCAUUUCCGAGGGGCUGUACGCCACCGCGGUGGUGAUGAGCUUCUGCCGCGUGGCCUACGUGCUACCCGCCAACGAGAGCUUCGGCCCGCUGCAGAUCACGCUCGGCAGGACGGUGAAGGACAUCUUCAAGUUCCUGGUGAUUUUCAUCACCGUCUUCGUGGCGUUCAUGGUGGGGAUGUUCAACCUGUACUCGUACUAUCUCGGGGCCAAGUACAACGACGCGUUCACCACGCUGGAGGAAAGCUUCAAAACGCUCUUCUGGGCCAUCUUCGGCCUAUCGGAAGUGAAGUCGGUCGUGAUCGACAUCGACCACAAAUUCAUCGAGAACAUCGGCUACGUCCUGUACGGCGUCUACAACAUCAUCAUGGUGAUCGUCUUGCUGAACAUGCUCAUCGCCAUGUUCAACAGCUCCUUUCAGAAGAUCGAAGGUGACGCUGACGUUGAGUGGAAGUUCGCCCGAGCCAAACUGUGGUUCUCGUACUUUGAGCAAGGCGGCUCGCUGCCCGUGCCCUUCAACCUGCUCCCGAGUCUCGGGCCCGUCGCUUCUUUCCUGCGGGGACUCAAAGGAUCUCUGCGGGAGGCAGCUCGAGGCAAAGGCAGAGAAAGGACGCGGGCUGAAGAAAGGGAACAACAAAAGUUAAAUCAACAAGAAGACUCCAGAGUGGACGCAACACGUUAUCAAAAGAUCAUGAAACGCCUCGUCAAGAGACACAUCUUAAAAGCGCAGCGGGACAAAGAAAACGACGAGGUGAAUGAAGGUGAUUUGUGCAAACACACGCACACGAACAUGCACGCCGUGUCCUCAGCGUCUCCGUUGCAAAACAUCCUGUCCCUCAGGCGCACUGAACGAAAUCAAGCGGGACAUCUCCAGCCUGCGCUACGAGCUGCUGGGGAUGGGGAAGCGCGAAGUGAAAACCCUGGCAGAGCUCAUCAGGCAGCUAAGUGAAGUGACACAAGGACACCGUGAGUCUUGCUAGUUUGUAUACUAGGAUGCAUUCAAAGUCAAUUGGGAGGAUACACUUCUUCAACAUACUGUACAUACUGUAUUUGUUCAGUUUUGAGGUUGUGGUUUGCAAUGGUCCGCAACUGCACCGCAUGAAAUUGAGAACUGUCCCGAAUAUUUUGACCCUCUCAAAUAAUGUACCGGCAAUUUAUAUAAUUUGCUGCUGCUGCUGCUGCAAAAAAAAAAAAAAAAAAAAAUAAUAAUAAUAAUAUGUUGUUUAUUCAUAUAAAAUUGGUUAGUCAAAAUAAAUGUCUGCAUGCAUUUUCAUUUAGCUCGUGAAAAAAUUGUUUCAUUUACACUGAGGAAAAAUAUGAACGCAACAAUUUUAGAGUGGCCUUUUAUUGUGGGCAGCCGAAGGCACAGCUGUGCAACAAUCAGCAUCUUGAUGUCCCACGCAACGCAAAGGAGAAGUGCUCACGAAAUCAGAUCGAGAUGGAUUCGUGAAAAAGAUUUGCUUGAAAAAGGCUUUUUGUGUUCACAGGAAAAGUCUCCGUGCUUUGGUUUCAGCACAUGAAAAGCAGGAGCAAAAAUAAAAGUG